AUGCCUACUACGACUACCACGUUUCCUACCAGCUGGUCCUUUGUCCCCACUACGACGGAGCGCCCUGAUAACAACAGCACAGGCAAGCCGGCCACCAGUCGCAUUGAGUUGUCGGCGUCCAUCCACGGGACCACCAUGCUUAACGCUAAGAGGACGGGUACGAAACCAACAAGCAUGGUGGUCCCGUGGGUGGACGCCGACAACUCAAUGCGACUGGUGGCCAUUUAG